CGCCCGGAAUCUGUUCUCACGAAAAUUGAAUGCUCACGGUAACACCCCGAGAGCCAUCAUCCUCGAACGACAGUCUCUAUCGGUCAAUAUAGACCACCUUUGGUUUCAGUCUUUUGAUACUUUUACGCACCAUCUUAAUAGAGGGGUUUGCAUACGACAAUGGGUUUUGCGCAUGCAUCGAUGACGACCUCGUCGACGGCAGCGUUUCUCGCUGGUCGGUCACGGAUAGGCCAGCAAUCGAUCGCCUUGCUUGCCGCAGGUCCGCGAAUCAGCAGUCUGUCAUGGGGACAAACUGGAUCUUCUUUGCGGAGUUGGGUUUCCGCUAGAGGCUAUGCCGACGAAGCGAAGGAGGUGGCAGCACGCCCCAGCAUGUCUAUGAUCGGAGUCGCGCAUAAUGAGUAUAUUCCUCCAACGGGAGAGAAUAAACCAGGAUUGAAGCACCCAAAGCUUUUUUUUAGAGAUAAAUUUAGAGGGGCACUUUGGUUUGGAAAAAUGGUAAUCCGCUUGGGACUGCUGAGAAUUAAAUACAAGCACAAACCUCAUCUCAAGGAAUGGAAGCAAGAUGCUACGUCGACUUAUAUCGCGAUUAACAAGGCAUUCGCCAACCGAGAGCUCGGCAAGAUCGACAACAUGAGCUCGAUUUACGUCCACGCACAAUUAAAAGAACGCGUUAAGAACAUGGACGCGAACUGGAAGCUUACUUGGGACCUGGUGGAUUUUGUUGAACCAACUAGGCUGAUUGAUGUCGCGCCUCUUGAUCUCCAGAACGGACAGCCUGUGGAGAUGGUUCAGCUUACGUAUCGGUUCCACACUAUUCAGAAAUUGGAGAUGAGAUAUAAGAAAAACGCCAAUGUGCCUCCUAAGACCGAGCAGAAAAAGGUUCUCGAUUACAUGGUAUUCACUCUAAAUAUCGUUACCGGCGAAAUGACAGUCUCGGGCACUGUAUUCGAAUCCUCGCUGUUGAAGCCAUUGCCCACGAUCCGCACGGAUCAGGCCGUGCUGGCGGCAUCCAUGAAGGAGAAGGGAGACAUCUUCCGUAAGAAGCCGGCACCGGUGAAGUACGACUAGAUGUGACCAGAAUUAGAAGAGCCAAAUGUAUAUAAGUUGGGAUAUACAAGUAAAGAUGUGGAGAGAGCCGGGGAGCUACAGUGUAAAUAUGAUGAUCUAAGAUAUAACUAAUAAUUUAAGUCGAGAGUGCAGUAGUGAGCCGCCGAAUAGAUCUGCUAUGAUCUCGGAAUAAAUGAAAUGGAUCUAGUUCACU